GGCCUCUGGGGCUGCUGCAGCCCGAGAGGAAAGGGGGACCUCGGCAGCCUCUCCUGUGGCCACCCUCUGGGCAUGGAGGCGGGUGGGUUGGGGUCACACUGACUCCUUUGGAGCCCGCUGUGGCAGCAAGGUCGAUGAUACGGGAUGGCGGAGCACAAAACCGUGUUCUUUUGUAAAUCACCUUGGUCUGUGCCAGCUGGGUGGCUCCUGGCCAAAGCAGUGAUGCAGGCCGGGCUUGGGAACCCAUAGAUACAGGGAGAUAGGCAUUACUUUGUGGUAGGUUGAGACUCGAAGAUGUCAGGCCACUUAGAGUAGUUAGAGCAGAGAUGGGUGAGGGAUGCCUCUCAGCUUUCUAGGGGUCAAUUCAAAUUGUAAGGGGAAAGUGGAAGGCUUCAGUUCAGAGUAGCUCGAAGAAGACUGUUGCACUGAUUUUUAAAUGCCUCUGUUUAGGCUGUAGCAGACUGUUUACUUUGGAGAGUGUUAAGAACAUCAGUUGAAAGGGAAGUGCCCAGUUCUUGCUGAAAUAAGCAUGAAAGUCAAUGUGGUCUCAGAACAUUUUUGAGGGAAAUGUUCUAUCUCUAGAGUAGAGAGAGUCAGCCAAUAUCUUAACUGAAAUCUUGGCUUUCUAAAGAGAACGCUUAUAUGAAGCUUAUCGUAUUCUGUGCCCAAAACCUUCUCAUAUAGAUGUAUAGUUAGUAACGUUGAGUAUUCAGUUUAGUCUGACAAGCAUGUAGAAGGGACCAAACUUGAACAAAGCACCUCUGGAGUGCUCCAUGAGGUUUCUAUAUUUCAGCUAUUAUAUUAUACUUGAUCAAGGGGAAACAUUGCUUUCUAAUGGUAAAGUUAUUUUAUUAAUGGAAAAAGUGCUAGCUGCAUUGACUGAUCAUAGCAGAUUUCUGAUGUCAUUUCAAAAAUAGUUUCUUGGAACUCCUAAAAUCCAAGACCUUUGGAUGCCCAUGGAGUAAAGGCACUGCAUAUUUGUAGAAGGAAAUAGAUAAAGAUAACAGGGUACGCUUUCACAGCUGGAGAAAUUUGAGAGAUUUAACUUAAGGACUUUGUCUUUUGUUUCUGUUUUGGGUGGUACUGUCAGGCGCUGAGUGCAUUAAAGUUAUUCAGAAGUAUUAAAAUAUGUUUUUAAAGUUCUGUUUUUGCACACUGUAGCCUCUCCUGGGGAAGACUUGUGACUACUGCUUUUUAAUUCCAAACUGACACUGAAAAUGAAAAUUGCUUACAGGAAGCCAAGCUUUGGAUGUUUAAGAGGUGUCAUAAGCUUUCAGUCCUGUAUUAAUAAGAUGUGUGUCUCAAAUUCAAAUGUUACUUUAAGAAUAGCCUGAAUUUGGUUUAUUUCUAUAGACAAGCAGUAGAACACUGAAUUAAUAUUUUAAUUUAUGUAUGUAAGACAAGUCAGUGUCACUGAGGUAGAUCUUCAGGCAGGUGGGUGAGGGAGUUGCCUGAGGUCACCCAGCAGGUCUUUGCCUGGAUUCGAUUCCAGGUUUGCCAGUGCAGCUUCUGUCCUCUGAUUGUUAGGUAGCACCACCUAUACCGGUCACAUAUCCUUAUCUUGCAUCUUCUGCCCAUUUGUUUUCUGUUGGCUUUCAUUUGAUAAAGAUUAGGCCACUUUUCAGGUAUGUGUUUAUAGAGAAUCUGUUUAGCCAAGCUUCAGUUGCGCUAUUCAGUUCCAUAAUACACGUUAUUUUGCUGAUGAGUUAAUGACAAGUGAUUUGAAAGCAGAAGCUGUGUUUCCUGAUCUUCUGUCAAGAAUUUGUAUUACUACAGUGAGACUUGGUGCUGGGGUGAGACACCGGUAACUACAGCAUGUGUGAUUCCAUAAUUCCAGACUGUCUUAUGAUUAAUUUAUCAUAUCAUUGUGUCACAUAACUGUAGAAAUGUCAUAGCUUUCCUUAGAGUAGCAGGGAGCUAGUGCUGAAAGAGAGCAUGGAAGUUGAGACCAUAGACUUAAAUAUGAGAAGCAGUUUCUGCCUUAAACUUUGAGUUCUGUUACCCAAGGUGAACAUUGGAUGAGCGUGUAUUCUAAACCAAUUUUCUUUUUGGUGUUAGAAUCUUUUAUUAAGUGCUUACAUGAUUGGAAUAACAAAAAUGUUGUAAUUAGUGUACUAGUGUUGUAAUUAGAUACACUUUAGGUAUCUACUGCAGUAAUUUCUGACUACUAGUGAGUUUCACUUCAUUUUCCUGAAGCCAGGCUGGUGUAUUAUUUGCCUCCUCAAAUAAAAAUACACUGAAAAGACUUGGGUGGGAACAGAUCCUUACAGAAGUUUCUUUUGGAUCCUUUACAUUCCUGCUUUGUUGCCUGGUAUUACUUGACACUGUCAGCCCGGUCCUGAAGCAUCACUUCCAUAACUGUGAUGUUUGAGUGGCAGAGGGUCCUCAGUGGUGUCAAACUGGUGUGUGCAACUGUCAAAGAAUGUGAUCCUUACAGCUAUCUGUUGCAGCCUGCUUUGGACACAGAUUAUGGGAAGAAGGAUUUGAUCAUUGUGAUGCUCUUGUGCUCAUUUUAUGCAUGAAUGUUAGAGCUUACUCUGUCAUGAAAAUUGUUCUCUGCGGAAUGUUUUUCUGUAACGCGCUGAAAUUUCUAAGUGAUAUGCAGUAGCUCACAGUGUUACUGUAGUGUAUUUUGGUAGCUGACUAAAGGGUAACCUCCUUGACUUUUCCCAGGCUGCAGUAGUACUUUUGAUGAAGUGCCUGCACGCUUUGAAAUAUUACUGUGCUGUCCUCUCUUUCUUGUUCAGAGCUGGAGAUGGUCUGUAGCAGUGCAAGUUGUCACCAUUUUUUGAAAUGGAUCAUAGUCAGUGGCUUUGUGAUGGUAGAUAUGGUGACGUUUGGAGUACUUUAUGUUGUAAAGGCUGUGAUUUGCUCUGUUUUAUGUACAGCAUUCCUUUGUUUCCAGUGGACUCACACCUAUUGCUUUUACCACCUUCUGACAGUAGCAUGCCCAUCUUUGUGUUGUAAAGGAAAUUCUCCCUCUCAUAAAAUGCAAGUGUGAAUAGCCAUGCUUGAUUAGAUUUCAUCCUAAAUCUAUGCUUUUGGAUGCUCUAGAUUGACCUGUGUUAUCUUUUCCCAGAUUUUUGGAAAGUAAGGAGUGAGGAGAACAAAGCCAUAUAUAUUCCAGUGCCUCAACAAAGUAAUUAAUAUAGCAGCAGUGUAAAUUUUUAAAUGUUUUAGGUUUAGGUUAGGAGUAUAGCACAGUGGAGAUGACAGAAUGAUUGACUACAGAUAUGAUGCAGAAAGGAAUCCUGACACUUUAAAACUGGGCAUAUGGUCUGUUGGAAGCUAUCUGUUAGAGUGGGAAUUCUCUAACGUCUCAGGGAAGAGACUACAUGAAGAAAUAAUUGACUUCUAUGACUUCAUGUCCCCUCGUCCUGAAGAAGCAGCUAUGAGAAGAGAAGUGGUGAAAAGAAUAGAAACGGUCAUCAAAGAUCUUUGGCCUACAGCUGAUGUCCAGAUAUUUGGCAGCUUUAGUACAGGGCUUUAUCUUCCAACUAGUGAUAUUGAUCUAGUUGUUUUUGGGAAAUGGGAACGGCCCCCUUUACAGCUGCUAGAGCAAGCACUAAGAAAACACAAUGUGGCUGAGCCAUAUUCCAUUAAAGUACUUGAUAAAGCUACGGUUCCAAUAAUAAAACUUACUGACCAGGAGACAGAAGUGAAAGUUGACAUCAGUUUUAAUGUAGAAACUGGUGUGAAGGCAGCUCGAUUUAUCAAGGAAUAUAUGAAGAAAUAUUCUUUGCUGCCUUACUUGAUUUUAGUAUUAAAACAGUUCCUCCUUCAGAGGGACUUGAAUGAAGUUUUUACUGGUGGAAUUAGUUCUUACAGCCUAAUUUUAAUGGCAAUUAGUUUCCUGCAGCUGCAUCCAAGAAUUGAUGCCAGAAGAGCUGAUGAAAACCUUGGAAUGCUUCUGAUAGAAUUUUUUGAACUCUAUGGAAGGAAUUUUAACUACUUGAAAACUGGUAUUAGAAUAAAGAAUGGAGGUGCCUAUAUUGCCAAAGAAGAAAUCAUGAAAGUCAUGACUAAUGGAUACAGACCAUCCAUGUUGUGUAUUGAAGAUCCUCUCCUGCCUGGAAACGACGUUGGCAGAAGUUCUUACGGUGCCAUGCAAGUGAAACAAGUUUUUGAUUAUGCCUACAUUGUUCUUAGCCAUGCAGUAUCACCACUUGCAAGAUCAUACCCAAAUAGAGAUUCUGAGAGCACAUUAGGUAGAAUCAUCAAAGUGACCCAAGAAGUGAUUGACUACAGGGCCUGGAUUAAAAAGAAGUGGGGGAGCAAAAUUAAUUUAUCACCUGAGCUUGAUAAUAGGUUGAAAAUAAGAGACCAGAUAGCUCCGUGCAAUGGGGAACAGCAGCAGAACAGAGACUCUGAAACAUCAUACAACCAACACUUGGCUUUGUCAUUGGCUAGUACACAACAGCUGUCCUCUGGCUCAUCCGCCUCUUCGGUAUCAUCACUCUCCGGCAGUGACAUUGAUUCUGAUACACCACCUUGCACAGCUCCUAAUGUUUACCAGUUCAGUCUGCAAGCACCGACUCAGCUUAUGGCCAGUUUACCACCCGCAUUGCCUAUGCCAAGUGGUAAACCCCAAUCUGCGCCUACGAGAACCUUGAUAAUGGCCGCCAGUAAUCAGCAGCACAGUGGAAUGAAGUUCUCCAUGAAAGGAACUCAUAACCAAGGCAACGGCUACAGCCCUGUCAGCAGUGGAGGCAUGAGGCAACCGGUUGGUAACCGAGGACACCACCAGUACAAUCGGAAUAUAUGGAGAAGAAAAAAACACAGAGACAGUUUGCCUAUUAGUCUGAGCAGAUAAUGGCGGAUGCCAAAAUGACCUUCCCUGUUCAGACAAACUGAGCGAGUGCCACUCGACUUGAGGGAUGGAGACCAGCGUCCAGCACAUCGUUUUAUUGGUGUUGCCAAAUAUCUGCAGCUGACUUCUUUGCAUGUUUUUUGUGUGGUGGUUCAGUCCAUCUUCAAGAAGUAGUUGUGCUUAUCUGUGAAGCCUUAUUAAAACGUGGAAGUUUGUUUUCUGCCUUCCCACAAUGGUUCAUACAGUGCCGAAGCAGCUCUGACAAUGGAACUGUGAGGACAUUCUAAAAAUGCUGUGGCUUUUUUGCUGUGGCUGCAUCUGUUCCUUUGUGGGUUCUGUUUUCUUUUGUUUUAGAAGUGAAGGAAACUUCGGCCCCUUGGAAUUAUUUCUUUGCAGCAAAUUAAGUUGGGAAUUUAUAAAAGUAAAUUUGCUGCUCUCCUGUUUUUGUUUCAAAGUUCAGAAUUUUUUGCUCUGUAAAUAUUGGAAGUAUAAUUUGUGCAAUAACUCAGAAUUUUUAAUUUAACUUCAUAUUGUCACAUAAGUUAUAUUUAAUGGGAAGAGGUUUUUUAAUUUACAGAUCCUUUCCCAGGUUGCAUUAUCUAAGUUGGGUUCAUAGUUUUGGCAGGUUGUCUGAGCAGUGUUACAAACAUGACAUUUGGUAAUAUUUGAGGCUUCUUGAUUCACAAUGAAAGUGUGAUUUGGCUUAUGGUUUUAAGAAGGUAUUAAGCUCCAAAGCAUUUUGACCCUGUGUUUUUUAGCUCAUUGUCUGGCCUCUAUCAGUUAUCUUGCUCUGACCAAUGAGUUUGAAUUUUAUUCCUUUAACUAGACAACAAAUCCAGAAUUUGUCGUACCGGAAGUAAAACUUUUGAAAGGAGGGGGAAAAGGGUGUUUCAAGUCCUGAUGUGAAAUUAAAAAGCUGUGAGCUACAUGCUUUGAUGCGUUUUAGUAAUGUAACCUGUUAAUGUUUGGGUUCAAACGACAUUAUUAAAUAGAGGUACCCGGCUUAAGGAAUGUGGAGAAAGGAAAUAUGUUGAUUCCAUUAAGGAAUCUGUAUAGCAGUAUGCAUUAGUUCUGUUAAGAGCAAAUAUAUAAAAAGUACUUCAGCUGCUCUGAGCAUUACAAGAAGUAUCUUUUGAUGUAUUGCAGGAGAGCACAGCCCGGUGUUGUACACAGUAUGAGUGGCUGGCACUUAAUUUACAGAUGCAUACAGGUAUACUAUGCAAGUGUGUAUUGCCAUGACAAACACUGUCUUUAACUUUUUGAAAAAUGUACAUCCUGCCUAACGCUGAGUUUUUAAAGCACCACAGUUGUCCUGGGAGUAGGUCACAUCUCACGCCCUCUGACUGCCCGUUUAUUUUUAAUGAGAGUUCUUAAGCUAUACCGAAAACUACAGAUCAGUCAUGCUAACCCACUAGCAGAGAAAGUUGAAGAAUCCUGUUAACAGGACAUCUAUACUGUGUACAGAUAUAGAGGGUUUUAAAACUGAUAUCUGAAUAUUGAAAUGAGGUGUCGAGCAUGAAGCUUUUUAAUAUGCUGUAUGCAUUUGAAGCAGAAGUAGUUCAUGUUAUUACCGAAUCUGUCAAACACGAACAGGUCCUUGAGGGGAGAGAGGGCAACAUUCCAAAGUAGAGUAGCGCAUAUCUGUUUGCAAAAAGUUUGUCUUAAUGCUCCAGACUCAUCACAAUUAAGAAGUUUUAAAAAUUGUGAGCUGAUUCAUAAAUAAUAUCUAAGGGCUGUUACAUGAGCCUGUACUGCUUAGUCUUCACACACUAGCAAUAUUGAGCAUAACUACAUUAAAGAGCCUUCAAAGGCUUUAGUUGGUGUCUUAUACUAGAGUCCAUUUUAAAGCAAAUCUCAUUUGAAAAGUGGUAUCAUGUAACACUUCAGUCAUGGUGAACCAAAUAAAUUGGCCUGGCUAUCACUGUGGUUAUGUGCUACAGGUUUAAAAAAAUCAUGUUUAAAUUUUUUGUGUGGACAACUAUGUGGAAGCUAAAAUUGACAUAUUUUUAUGUAAAGUUUUCUAUUCUUUGAUUUUUAAUAAACUUUGGAGACCAGUCA